AUGAUUUUACUUGCCAAUAAGAACUUGGAUGGACAUACAUCAUUAUUGGUUGCUGCCUUUAUUGGACACCUAGAGAUCGUCCAAUACCUUGUCACAGUCGGCUGUGACAAAGAAGCAACAGACUACAAGAUAGGAACAACACCAUUAUUGAUAGCUGUACAAGAAGGACACCUGGAGAUUGUCCAAUAUCUUAUUAAUGUUGGUUGUGAAAGAGAAGCAAGCACCAAGAAAGGAUUUACACCGUUAUUGUUUGCUGUAUCGAAAGGAUAUCUUAAGAUUGCCAAAUACCUGCUCACAGUUGGCUGUGAUAUAGAAAGAAGAACAGAGCAUGGAAGAACUGCGUUACAUGUGGCUGCUGUGUUUGGACAUCUACAGGUCACACAAUGGCUAAUAGAAGAGGGAGGAAUCAAUCCCUUGCUGAUGACAUAUCAGGGUGAAACUCCUUACCAGCUGGCUGCAAAAACAGUUGAACAAGAUUCUACUGAAAAAAGAAAAGAAAAGAACGAAAUAAUGGACUUUCUCAAGACUGUCAUGUCAACAGAAAAGUACAAAGUCAGCUCAAAAAUCCCACAGCAGAAAGGUCUUUUACAAGUCCCGACAGGCCCUAAAGAAGAAGUACCGAUCUUUUCUGAUAAAGCAUUUAAAGAUCUGCUAAUGAGCGGGGCGUACAAAUGCUUUUGGAAUAGAAUUUUUUUGACUGGUCCAUUUGCCGUGGGUAAAACGAGUUUAGCCAAAAUUUUGGUUGGAGACGAGGCUCCAGAGGAGCGGAAAUCUACGGACGGUAUAUGGAUUUACUUGGGAAGGGCUGGAAUGGACAUAAAAGAACGUUGUUGGGUUUUCCUAAAGCAUGGAACCAUAUUGAACGCAACAGUUCAAAGCUUACUCAGGAGUAAAAAAGUGACAGCUACAGCAGGUGCUGUUAAAUCAGUUGAUGACAUAGAAGAUCCAGGUGCAGUAAAACAUAGCGAGGAGACGAAGAAUCAAGAUGAUGUUACAUCUAUUCCGAAUGCAGGUGCAAUAACACAAAGCAGGGACAUGUCAAACCCAGGUGCUCUUAAUUCUCAGGACAAUAUUCCCCGUGCUGUCAAAAAGAAGUCAAAGCUCCAAGCUUUCCUUGAUCUCCCAAAUCGAAUACAGAAAGCAUUCAAAGGUAAAACACCCUCAAAUAUUGAAACUCCAGAUGACACACGUGCAAAGAUGGAAGACACUAAGAGAGACGAAAACUUGACUGCCAUAGAUAUGUCAGAACAGGACAUUAUCAAGCUUGUCCGUUCUCAAUGCCAUAAAGGGGACUACGAAAUGGUAAUUGUACCUAUUGAUUUGUGGGAUUUUGGUGGUCAAAAAAUCUACCACAUGACCCACCAACUUUUCGUUACAAGCAGAGGUACAUUUCUGCUGAUCUUUAAUGGCAGCAAAGAUAUACAUGAAGACAUACCAGAUUAUACAGAACUCCCCGGAUGUCAGAGCCAACGUAAUACAGCAGUAUAUCUUAUCCAUUGGGUCAAUUCCGUUCUCACAUAUUGCAAAACGUUUGCUGAAAAUGAAGAGUACCCGAAAAUUUUGUGUGUGGCAACCCACAAAGAUCUUGUCAAAGGUGAUGUAGAAGAACAGAGAUGUUCAUUGGAAAACUCAAUCGAAGCACUCUUUCAAAACCAUGGAGGAAAAAAACAUCUUCAAUAUAAACCACUUAUAUUUGUGAAUGCAAGAAACAAGGAUGACGAAGAAAUAGUCACAUUAAAGAAGCAGUUGGUAGACGUUGCAUUGGACCAUCCUCGCUGUGGAGAACUGAUGCCAGCCAAGUUUGUACCCCUGGAACUUCAACUAGCAGGAAAAGUAGAGGAAAACAAGAAAAUACUUACAAUGGAUGAACUGAAUGAAAUCAACAAGCAAAACGACAACAUGGCUUUAACCCCUGCUCAGCUUAAAUCAUUUCUAAAGGUUAACCAUGCUCUGGGAAAACUUAUCUACUUUGAUGAAGCAGGCCUGAGAGAUAACGUUAUAAUAGAUCCUGUGUUUUUGGUGGAUGUACUACGUUCUAUUGUCACUGAUGACCAGUUUUGGCCAGAGCACCUCAAAGAAAUGUUAAAAGCUCUCAAAGAUAGCGGAAAACUGUUGAAACAGGACUUAUAUGAAAUAUGGAAGCAAGACUGUUUUCGUGAGGUCUGGGCACAUAACGAUUACAUCGUAGACAUGUUACUUCAUUUGGAUAUUAUUUGCAGACAAAAAGACGAUGAAGCUGGAUCAGACUUGUUUUUGGUGCCAUGCAUGAUAAGUACCAAAAGAGAAGAGAGCCAACAGAUAGACCAUAACAGAAGCAUAUAUCUGGCUUAUAGGUUUAAGGAGAAAGUUGUACCACCUGCUAUUUUGUACAGGUUCAUUGCCACCUUCAUAUCAAUGUGGAAGUUGAGGGUCAGUGCUAAAACCAGUCGUUCGAUGCUCUUUACAGACAGUGCUGAUGUUACAAUUGACGAGGAACACGAUAUGAGAUUUGACAUUCGGGGAAACAGAUUUAUAGUUUCUCUUUCACACCAAGAAAACAAAAUCUCCAUUGUACCAACAAUUGCAUCUACAGCUCAGGAAUGCCUUACACAUGCUAUUACAAACAUUUCUAAUUUCUAUUUCUCAGUUUCAGAGGAUUCUGCUUGUACUAGAGAUUUACCAUUUUCCAUUCAAAUUGGUAUUGUUUGUGGUACAGACCUUUGCUUUUUUGACCACACAUUGUCAUAUAAGGAGGAAUGGAAAUGCCCGGAUCACAAUACAAAACACAAAACUAAUAUUGUGUCCAGAUGGUUUGCAGACAAGUUACAUACAGAGGACGACAGAUGCCCUGAUGAUUGUUCUGGCUUAGACAAUGUAUGGUUAGACCGUCAGCCUGAAGACAAACACCUUGGACGACUAGCAGCUAAACUAACAAACGAAGACACAAGGAAAAUAUAUAUGUACUUAAAAGAAAAAGGACCAGCCCUACAAUGGGAAAUUAUCAACGAAUCAAACAAGCGAGGAGGGUUUGAUGUAAAACUUAGUGCUCUAUAUGAUUGGAAGAAGAGUUCCAAAUAUGCUUCAUUCAAGCAGCUACAAAAUAGUUUGAAAGAGGAAAAUAUUGACAUUCACAAACUAUGUCAGAUUUCAAGAGAAGUUGAAAAAGAGUUGGACCAACCAAGAGACAAGUUGAUUCUUAGACCGUCAAGUUCAAACAUACAGCAACUACCUGAUCAUGUUGGUAAUCAAACAUUCCAGCUUGGAAUAGAACUUGGGCUAUCUAUUGUUGAUAUGCAAAAGAUUGAAAGAUCCCAUGUUACAAAUCUUCAUGGUCAAACAGAGGAAGUUCUCAACCGAUGGAUUAAACUUCCAGAAGCUACAUUUGAAGUUUUAGAGAAGGCUCUUCAUCGCCUUGAAUUGUCUAGUGUUUUGUCAUACUUAACUUAUGAUGAAGAAUUGGGGGAACAAAUGAAAAUAAGAAUAGAUGAACAAGUUAGAGAUAAAAUUAUACUGGACAUUCAAAUCAGUCAGAUUUUAGAUUAUAUGAUGACACAUUUGGUGAUAUCAUCUGAUGACAGGCGUCGCAUUGAGCAGCAUGCUGGGCAAGAUGAUCAGAAUAAAGCAUUGCUUUGUGAAGUCAUUGAAAGGGGAGAACCUACGUAUACUGUUUUUGUUGAUGCACUACGAACAAGUGGAUACACAGAUCUAGCGAAUGAACUGAAAUGUGAUUCACAGGAAGAAAGCUCAAUUACAGCAUUAGAGCAUGCUGAAAAUAAAGGAUUGUCAGAUUGGACUGUUCCGGUGUAUAAAGUUCGUCUACAGAAGAACUAUUCAAAGAUCAUUGACAGCAUACAGCAUGAGAAAAUAAUCGAUCAUCUGAUAUCACGUGAUGUGAUGACCAUAGCUGAUAGCCAAAUAGUAAAUGCUUGUCCUGCACAGGUACAAAAAAACAGGAAAUUAAUGGACAUACUUUUGCAUGGAAGUGAACAUGGAUUUAUAGAAUUCCUCAUAGCUCUACGAGAAGACUCUGUUUAUACAGCACUGGCAGAUAAAAUAGAAAACACAACAGUUGCUAGCAGUGAUAUAGCAACCAUUCAGAAUUGCUUCAAAUGAACUGGAAGAGAAUUAAAUUCCCCUGAUGAUUACCAAAUUGUGUACUCGUUUUCAAUACCAGCUGUUGUUCGUCAACAUCUCAUUGUAAUAUGCCAAAUAACAGAGGAAACAAUAAUUGGUAGACAACUAACAUAAAUUAACAAAAUCAAUUAACUGAUUUGAUGUGGAUACAUGUUCUACCUAUUUAUUAUGUUACCCUAAUAUCAUGUAGUUUUUGGUUUACAACUGAUAAAAACAGGAUUUAAAAUAUGUAUUCCUAAUAGCUGUGAUAUAAAGUUGCUAUAGUAACUAUGGAAUUUUUGUCUAGAAUUGAAUAAUAGUGUUUCUUUGUAUAUUUUCAUUAUCUGUGUAUUCCAUUAUCUGUAGAUUUUCCUUAUCUGUAUAUUUUCAUUGUCUGUCUAUUCCAUUGUCUGUAUAUUUUCCUUAUCUGUAUAUUUUCAUUGUCUGUAUAUUUCAUUUUUUGUAUAUUUUCAUUAUCCGUAUGUUUUCAUUAUCUGUAUAUUUUCAUUAUCUGUAUAUUUUCAUUAU